GAAAGAAAAAAGAAGAGGACCCGGACAGAUCUCCAAGUCAUGCAGUUGGUAUAAUGCUGAGGCGCGCAUGCGCACAGAUGAGCUGUAGAUCUGACGCGCACUCACUUCCGGUCAAGAUGGCGGCCCAGCGCAGGAGUCUGAUGCAAAGCCAUCAGAGCUGGACCGAUGAUCUUCCUCUCUGUCAGCUGUGUGGCGUCGGGUCGGCCCCGAACUGCACAUACGGGCCCGACGGGAAGGGGACCCAGAGCCACCCGAAUGAAGACGGACACUUGCGCUUCAGCACGGAGUUCUGCUUCCUGUACGGGGUGUUUAACGGGUACGACGGCAGCCGCGUGUCCAGUUUCGUGUCUCAGUGUCUGACGGCCGAGCUCCUGCUGGGUCAGCUGAGCGCCGGUCACACCGACUCGGACCUGCGCAGAAUCCUCUCACAGGCGUUCGAUGUCGUAGAGAAGAGCUACUUUGAGACGAUUGACGACGCUCUCGCUGAGAAGGCUAAUCUCCAGACACAGCUUCCUGAGGGUGUGUAUCUCUCCCCUCAGACGCAGAAGAUGGCCGAGCGACUGAAGGCUUUAGAGCAGGAGGUUUCAGGAGGAGCCACAGCGAUAGUCGCUCUGAUACACAAUAAUAAACUCUACAUCGCUAACGUCGGAACCAAUCGGGCUCUUCUCUGUAAAACCACCAGUGACGGUCAGAACCAGGUGAUCCAGAUCGGCCAAGCGCACACAACCGACAACGAUGAUGAGCUGACCAGACUCGCCCAGCUGGGCCUGGAUCCGGUGCGCUUGAGGCAGACCGGACUGAUCUCGGGUCAGAGCAGCACUCGACGCAUCGGAGACUACAAAGUCAAGUUCAACUACACAGACAUCGACGUGCUGAGUGCAGCAAAGCAUAAGCCAAUCAUCUCCGAGCCGGAGAUCCACGGUGGCCAAUCGCUGGAGGGCGUGACUGGGUUCCUGCUGCUGAUGUCAGAGGGCCUCAUUAAAGCGCUGGAGUCGGCCCACGGACCCGAGCAGGUCAACCAGGAGGUGGUUGCCAUGGUAGCUGCAGAGUUGGCCCAGCAGGGCACCCUGGAGGCGGCGGCUCAGUCGGUGGUGGAGCGAGUCAAGCGCCUUCAUCACGACGUGUACGUGAGCGGCAGACAGAGAGCGGCACACUGCGCCAAACACGAGGACAUGACUCUGCUGAUCCGAGUCAUCAACGACACACUCCUGGACGGCUCUCUCACGCCCACACAAGGCGGGCGGAUCUACCCUGUGUCGGUGCCGUACUCGAAUCAUCAGAGCACCAGUAAGACCAGCGUCACACUGUCACUGGUCAUGCCGGCGCAGGGAACACUGACCAACGGCUCCAACACAGCGUCCACACUGGAGGGAGACACACCCACCGCUGGCCAGAGUCCCACAGCGACGCUGCAGUCGACGAACACACACACCCAGAGCUCCAGCUCCAGCUCGGGGGACGGCAGCCUGUUCCGGCGCAGCCAGGCGGCUCAACCCGACGAGACCGGCCGCGUGCCGCCAUACGUGGACUUCAGCCAGUUCUACCGGCUCUGGGGGAUGGACCACAGCGACGGCCCGUCGGGAGAGAUGGGCCCACAGUGACGGGACACACUCGAGCUCGUCGAGUGCGGGAUGUGAACUCUGGGUCUGUGGUUAAAGGGAUAGUUCAGUUUAAAAUGAACAUUAGCUCAUGAUUUACUCUUCCUCAAGCCAUCCUUGGUGUAUAUGACACUCUUCUUUCAGAUGAACACAGAGUUAUCUUAAAAAAUAUACUGACUCUUCCAAGCUUUAUAAUGGCAGUGAAUGGCUGUUUCUGUUUUGAAUUCCAUAAAAGUGCAUCUAUCCAUCAUAAAAGUGCAUCUGUCCAUCAUAAAAGUGCAACUAUCCAUCAUAAAAGUGCGUCUAUCCAUCAUCAUAUGGAUAAAUUGAUACACUUUUAUGGACUUAAAAACUGCCAUUAUAAAUGUUGGAAGAGUCAGGACAUUUAUUAAUAACUCUGAUUGUGUUUGUCUGAAUGAAGAGUGUCAUACACACCUGGAUGGCUUGAUGGAGAGUAAAUCAUGGGCUAAUGUUCAUGUUUGGGUGAACUCUCCCUUCAUGAAAGCAUGAUAGUGGAGUGUGUGUGUGUGUGUGUGAGAAGCGUCAGUGUCACAGGAGACACCGGCUGUGUCGUGUGUGUUAUUAUGACAGUGCUGUCCUUGAGUCUUAUAACCGUUCAUUUCUCUGAGCUUCUUUCUGCUUCUGUGAAGUUUGACGUCUGUUUCCGGUAAGAUAAGCAAGUGUGUGUGUGUGUGUGUGUGUUUCUGUUUCCUAUAAUAAACAGUAGAGGCUCUUAUUUCCGGCUCAAGUUUUCUUACAGAUGCACUGAAAUGUCCAUUUCGGCCGAUAACAGAUAUAUCGCCCGAUAAAUCUAAAUCCGAAUUUGUUUAUAAUUUUUGACAGCCUGGUUACAAAAGCAAGUCUCACCAUUGAAACCAUGUCAAGCACACAAUUAUAAUGUUCUAGAAUUAAUUCUGUUCAUUUGAUGUAGCUUCUAUGACAGAGUUGCGCUGCUCAUGUUGCACUGAACCGUAUUUUCAAGCAAUUCAAAACCAUCAUGACGAACAGUGUCCUAUAAUCCAUUAUUUAUCAGCUUUAACAUAUCGGCCAAAUGUUCUUAUUGCGCCGCCGACGAUAACAUUUAAAAUGAACAUAUAUCGGCCGAUAUCCCUCCUCUGACUCUGUGCUGUAAUGCACUUGCAGACGAGCAACUCACUGAUUAUUUCGUUCAUUUAAUUUAAGGAAGAACUAAUGUACAAGUCA